AUUAAGCGCGCUCUCGGUAUAGCCAAAGAGAUGGGUAUACCGGAUGUGGUUAAGGUGGGCACAUAUUGCUUUCUAGGUGGUCCUAACUAUGAAACCAUUGCUGAGUGUAAGAUGUUGCACACUUGUGGCGUAGAUGCUGUCGGCAUGUCGACCGCACAUGAGGUGGUCGUGGCCCAGCACUGUGGUCUGAAGGUGUUCGCAUUCAGUCUUAUCACCAACAAGUCAUCACUGGACUACGAAAAGAAAGAGUAUGCCAAUCACGCUGAGGUCGUGGCGGUGGGUAAAAGUCGGGAGAGCACUUGCCGUGAGCUAAUGUGUCGCAUGAUCAAAUCUAUAGCAGCGGAGCGUGGUGGCAGCGGAUCAGCAGACUGUGGCUGCACAAUAUGAGAAACGAGGGUUGCUGAGAUGCAAGCAGGAUUAGUUAAAACACAACCUAUUUAUUUAUACUUUAUUUAAUUUACAGAAAAAGUCAAAAUUCAUGCAAAAUUAUA